AUUAAAAAUUUGCAGACUCAGAUUAUUUUUCUAUAUGAAUAAAAAAAUAUAUAUUAAAAAAUAACACAUAUAUUUUAAAAAUGUCUACUCAGGUUAAAUGCCUAUUUAAAAUUAAUAAGAAAGAUGGUUCAAGCUGGAAGCGUGUGUUACUUACAUGGAUAAAUCAUUGCGGAUUCCUUGGUCGAAACUAUUACAACAUUGAACAGACAAAUAUAUACGAAUUUUUUGGAAAAUUUCGGGAACAAAUUUCAAAUUGGUCUACAAAUCAAGUUGAUCUAUCAGCAUUUUUGAAAGAACAUUAUCCAGCGAUCGAGCUUCAUACGGAUGAUAAUCAACAAUUAAGUUCAUCUGAUUAUAUGUAUAUUUAUUCUGUAUUUUUACAUUUUUGUUGUGUUAAAUACCCUACUGAAUUUUUUCAAAAUAUUUGUCAAAAUUUUCAUGAAGCACAUCAACAAGCUAUCGCAAUAUUUUUUAAAGGCUUGCUCGAAAAAGAUGUAAUUGACAAAGUUUUAUUAAGGAAACUAAUAGCAGAAGCUUCGCUGCAAAAUAUAUGUAGUAUACCUGUGGAGAGCCCAGCCAAAUCUCAGCAAAAUUACAAAAUUUCACCUCCAACUCCUAAAACUCACAUGCUAGAAGAAAAAAAUAAGGAACUUCAUAUAUUAAAAGCUUCUUUAGAAACGGAAAAAUAUGAGAGAGGUUACUUAGAGAUUCAAAACAAGCAAUAUGAAGAAAAAAUUAAAAAAUUAGAAAAUGAACGCAAACAUUAUUUAAGUGAAUUACAAGAUUUGAGAGGACGGUUUAGUUCUGACGAUAAUUCAAGUAAUAGUUCAUCAUGCAAAAAUAGCGUAAAUAUUCAGGAAAAAAACCGAUUACAAAAACUACUUUACGAUAAAGAAGAACUAAUAUUUGAUUUAAAACAAAAUUUGGAUUCUUUGAGUGAAGAAAAAGAUCUAAUAAAAGAAAAGCUUAAGUAUGCACAAAACGAAAUGAGUAUUUAUUUUUCGAAAAUUUCUGAAAUGGAAUUCGAGCGUACAAAACUUUUGGAGGACAUAGAGAAAAAGGAUGAGACACUAAGAAUAUUAAGUGAUGCAAAAAAUGAAUUAGAAGAUAUUGUAAAUGAAUUGCAGUCACAAAAUAGAUGCGUUCUUGAUCAAAGCAGUUCUCUUGAUUAUCUUGAUUUAUCGUCUUCACAUAACUCAAACUCAUCCAAUAGCUUGGGUUGUGGUGAAAAUUUAGGGCGUACUGUAGUUGAUAUUCAAUUGCGCGAAAAGGAAAAUGAAAAUAUGCUUUUACAAAGUGAAAUCGAAAAAUUGCAAAAUGACAAUUCUAGUUUAUCGAGGCACAUUUCAGGACUAAUAAAAGUAAACUACGAUAUUUUCGAUAUUUGUCAAGAAAAUUUGAUAACCGAUGAAAGUAGUGGGAAUAUCAAUCAUAAUUUUAUGAUAUUCGAAAACUACUUCAAGAAACUUGUUGAAAAUUACAAACAAACAAAUCUUAAAGCUAAACAAUUUUGUGAUGAAAAAUCAGCACUUGAGCUGCAGCUAAAAAAUUUGAAUGAAGAAAUGGUCGAACUGGAUAAAGUAGUAAUAAGCAUCUCAGAACUAUUAACAUCUGAAAGUUUAAUAGACCAAAAUGUCAUAAAUCAAACUAGUAUGAAUUAUAAAACAAAGUUGGAAAAUUAUAUCAAGAAAAUUAAAAAAGAAUUGUCAGAUAGAAAUAUUAUCAUUCGAAUCAUAAGUGAAAAUUACUUCAAUCUUCCAAAAGUAUAUCUAGAAAUUUUUGAGUCAGAAAAUCAAUAUUCAGAAACAGUGAAUGAAAUAAGUAAGACCCUUACAAACAAAUGGAUAAAAAUUAUUGAAAUUUUGAAAACAAAUAUAGGGUUAGCAGAGCAAACCGAACUGUUAAAAUUCGAUGCGCCUUUUCAUCAAAACAGCAUAGAAAAGUUCAUAAAGAUGUGCAUAAAUAUGAAAUCAGAAAAAAAAAAUUUAAUUUCGGAAAAACAAAAUUUAAAAGAAAAAUUUCAAAAUCAAGAAAGAAGAUUGGACAAAAUGACUGGAAAAUUUGAAAGUGUAGUAUGUGAAAAUGAAAAAUUAAUUGCAGAGUCUCUUAAUCUAAGAAAUCAAAUUGAUGAGUACCAUAAAAAAUUCCAAGAAAAUUUGAAUGAUUCAAGGAAUAAACAAACAGAGUAUGAAAACUUAAAUAAUGAAUAUUUGAAGCUCUUCAAAUGCAAAGAAGACCUUUUCUUGCAAAUCGAAAUUUUAAAUGACAAAAUUGUACAAAUAACUUCAGAAAGUUCCAAAGAGGUUGAAAAGCUUUUGGAAACCGUAAACGAGAAAAAUAUUGAAAUAAAAUCUUUGAAAGAGCACAAUAAUAAUCUGCUUCUAACCACCAAAAAUUUAGAAACUACUGUUUCAAACUUAAGAAAUGAAUUAGAAAAAUUAGAGUUAAAUUGUUUGGAAACAACCAAAAUGAGGGAAGCGUUUGAAAAAGAUAACGAUAAUUUGAUUGAAAAUGCAAAAAAAUUAACUAAACAAUUACAGGAAACUCAAAAUCAAAUUACGUCUUUGACAACGAAAAAUGAGCAACUUGCUGGUAAAUAUGAUGAAAGUAUAAAUAAUAUUGCAAUGCUAAAAAGCCAAAUCAUUGUGCUGAAAAAUAAAAUUACAACAAAUCAAGAGACUCUAGAAAAUAUCGAAAUAAAAAGAAACGAACUCGUAAUAAAAAAUCAAACUUUACAAAAGAAAAUAGAUUCCAUUGAAGAAAAGGAACGUUCUUUAAAUUCCAGGAAUAUAGAAUUAACUCAAAGCUUGAAAGAAAAUCUCAAAAAAAUUGAUGAUUUAAAAAUUGAAAAUGAAAGUUUUAAAGAAAGAUGUGAAAUUCAAAGCUUAGAAAUUCAAAAACAUUUAUCUAGAAAAGAAGAUCUAGAUUCCCUUUUGAAGCAAAAAGUUGAUGAGCUUUCCUCUUUGCAAUCUAAACAUGAUGAAAUUAAACUAGAAUGUGACAAAAAAAAUUUUAAAAUUAAGGAUUUAUUAAAUCAAAUAAAUGAACAAAAAUCUAAAAUUAGCAACAAUGAAUUUGAAAUAGAAAAAUUGAAAAAAAGUUUACUAGUAACUGAAAAAGAAAAUUUAGAAUUUUCGAAUACAAUUGAGUCCCUAACAAUUUGUAAAUUGAAUGCUGAAGACGAAGUUGAAGAUCUCAAAUUGAAACUAGACGCCAAGGAUUUUGAAUUAGUAGAACUUAACACAAAAUUUGAGAACGAAUUAGGGGAAAUAGUUCAAUAUAUUGAAAAUAAUGUCGAAAAUUUCCUUGAGCCUGAGAUUAUAGUUAGUUUUUUAGAGUCUGGAUUAAGUUCUGAUCUGGCCUUAGUUAGGCUUCGUAAAGCAAUAAAUACGCUGUUAAAUAACAAUAAAUGUUUAUUAUACAAAAAGGAAAGUUUAGAACAAGAAAUACAAACGUUGAAUAUAGAUAUAAAAAAUUCGAUAAAAAAUUUUGAAAACAUGGAGGAUCGUUUAAAGCAAUACGAGAAAUUAAAAAUUGAAUUAGAAAAUCAAGUUGCGGAAACAAAUCAGUUAGUAAGCUCAAGAAGCAUAGAAUUUUCAAAACAAAUUUCAAUUAUUAUCGAAAAAUUGAAAAAAGGAAGAGUGGAAUUCGAAAAGGAUUUUGUUUCGAAAAACUAUCACUUAAAAAAAACACGUGAAUAUGAUGACAUUAAAAACCAGCAACUACAGCAAAUUAAUAGUUUAAUCAAUCAAGUUUCUAUAAAAAAUAACGAAAAGCAACAGUUUUUAAAUGAAAUUUUGGAUUUGAAACAGUCAAUGUGUACAGUUCAAACUGAAAUUUUCAAUUUAAAAAGUGAAAACGAUUCGAUGGCUAGAGAAAAUGCAGACUUAGUAAAAAAAUGUGCCAGUUACAAGGAAGAAAAUGAAUUAAUGUUAAAAGAACUUGACGAGAAAAGCGAAAAAAUAAAUCAAAUUAAGAGAGAGUCAAACAUUCUUAACAAUGAGAUCGAAAAAUUUCAAAUUGAUGCUGAAAAUUUGUUGCAUAACAUCAAAAAUAUAACUGCAGAAAAAGAACUUAAAUCGAAAGAGCUGCUUGAAAAGAUCACAGAAAAUAUAGAAUUCCAACAAAAAAUUCAUAAUUUACAGAAUCAGAUUGAUUUAGCAAAUAAAGAAAAAAAAAGUAUUUUUGAUCAUAAUUUGAUAUUAGAUGAAAAAUAUAAAUCAAUGAAGUUAGAGUUGGAUAGAAGUAAGGAAGUAUAUGAAACAUUACAACACCACUUUGAUGGAAAGGCCAAAGAAUUAGAAGAAAUUAAAAAUGAGUGUUUUAAAAUAACGACAGAAAACUGGGAAUUGAAGUGUGAGCGAGAUGACUUAGUUCAAAAAUUAAAAAUAAAAGCUUUGGAAGUGGAAGAAUUAAGAGAAUCUUUGAAGAUUAAAAUCGAAGAAUUGCAAAACGAAAUAAGAGAAUUAUUAGAAAAUAAAUGCGAACAAAAUGUUGAAUUAGAAACAAAAGAAAACACAAACCUUAAAUUGUCUCUUCAGGUUCAAGAACUAACACAGCAGAUAAAAUCCAUAUGUUCGGAGCAUGCGGAAGAAAUUUUGGAUUUCAAAGCGAAGUUAAAAGCUAUAGAAGAAACAAAUGCAAUAUUAGAAAAUAAAAACGAACUGGGGAAAGAAACCUUGGAACAGUUAAUUAGUGAAAACAAAGAAUACAUCCGCGAAUUGAAUGAAAAAUAUCAAAACGAACUAAAUACAUUGAAAUUAAAUUGCGACAAUUAUAUGAAAAAAUUUGAAGAAAAUAGUAUUGAGAUAAAUAAACUCUCGGAAGAAUGUAGUGCUUUAAAUUUGGAGAACUCAAAAUUAAGACGAGAAAUUGAUUCCAAAGAAAGCUUAAUUGAUAAAUCAACAAAAGAAAAUGAAGAAUUAAAUGCAAAACUUGUAAAAUUAAAAGAACAUUGUUGCCUUUUAGAAAAAGAAAAUAUAGCACUCAAUGAUAAAUUGGAGUUACUAAAUAAGUUAAAUAACAAUGUGUCGAAUUUGACAGAGGAAUUAAAUGAAAUGAACGAAAAAUAUAAUAAAGUAACAGCGGAGCUGCAGUCAAUUCUUACUGAAAAACAAAUAUUAAUUGAAAGUCAACAAAAAAAUGAAGAAAAUUUAGAAAAAAUUAAUAAAAAUCUGGAAAUAAAAAGUUUCCGUUUGGGAGAAGAACAAGGAAGAACUUCAAAAUUAAUGAAAGAAGUUGAACAAUUGAAAAAAAAUAAAGAUGAUAUUAAAUUGCACUUAGAGAACUUGCAAAAAGAUUAUCUGAAACUGCAAUCUGAUUGUAAAUCUUUACAAAUAAAACUUUUAGAUCAAGAAAAAAAUAUAGACACGCUCAAAGCUGAAAAUGAACUUUUAGCCAAAGAAAAGGAAAUUUUGACAACUAAUUUGAAAGCGAAGACAGAUUCCGAAACUGAUUUGAAAAAGUUAUUUUCAAAUUUACAAGCAACGGAGAAUGCAAAAAGUAUUAGUUUGAACGAUACUACAUCCGCUUUGUCAGAAUUGAAAGACGCUUAUGAGAAAAUAAAAUCUGAUAAAGAGAUUUUGGAAAAACGCAAUAUUGAAUUAGAAACCAACAUAAUUGGUUUAAACGAGCAAAUUAAGAAUUUCAAUAAUGAUUUAACCAAUGAAAUAAUAAUUGAUUUACAGAAGAAACUAGAAAUUGCUUAUGAAGAAAACGGCACUUUAAAUGAUAAGUUAUCAAAAAUAUCAAUUCAAGUUGAUAUUACCAACACAUCAUUGGAGGACACAAAAUCUGAGCUACAUAAAUGCAAGGAUGAAUUGACUUAUUUUCAAAAUGAAACCAAAAAUAUAGAGAAAGAUUAUACAUCUCAAAUUGAAGAAUUACAAAAACAGAAAGACGAAUUGAUUGCUAUUCACGAAAAAGAGGAAAUAAGAUUAAAAGAAAAAUUAAAUGAAACGGAAGAGUUACUUGAGCAGAAUAAGUAUAAACUAAAACAAUAUGAAGAAAAAAUAGAAAUUCUGAAAUUAAAUAAAUAUGGGGAAACUGAAAAUAUCAAUAAAAAAUACGAACUUUUAGAGCUUACAUUAAAAAAUGAACAAGCUGAGACGAAAAAACUAAGAAAAGAUUUAGAAAUAUUUCAUGCAAAAUUAUUAAAAAGCCGACAAUUGAAUGAUGAAAAUGAAAAGAAAUGGUUAGAAGAGAAGAGACAUUUGGAAAAGCAAUCUGAAGAAAAGAUUAAAGAGAAUCGAAUCGAAUUGGAAGGAAAAUUAGAAAAGAUGAAAAACAGAAUGAAAAGUUUAUAUAACGAAGAAGUAACAAAAUUGAAGAAGAAAAAUGAAGCUGAAAUUUUUGAUUGUAAAGCUGAAAAUCAAGUGCUGCAAGGAAAGUGUCAAAAAUAUGAUCAACAUAUAAAAUCAUUAUCGAAAAAUGUUAUGACAUUAACUGAAAGAGUGUGUGAACUUGAAAGAGAUAAUCAAUUUAUGGAAUCUAAAUUAAAAAAUUAUGAAUCGAAUAAUAGAAAUUUAUUGAGACCAUACAGACCACACAGCUCAACGUUGACAGCACCACCUCUUAAAAAUCUUUUCGAUGGAAAUUUUCGAAUUGAAGAUGAAGAAGGUGAAAUUCUCAAUAAUACAUAUUUAGCUGAUAUUGACUUUGGAGGACGAGAUUCUAUAAGUACGCAAGAGUUACAAUUUCGUAAUUCUUUAGCUCCACCACAUUUAAGAAGUGCUUAUUUAGCACAGUAUGGAGAUACUCAAUUAACUGAGGAAGAUGUUAAAGAUGGAUUGCCGCCUAUUAAUCUGGAUGAUAGCUUAACUUCUUUAAUGUCUGGACAUCGUAAGAAAUUAGCUGGUACAACAUCAUAUAAAAAACCUGGGCCACCAACACCAAGUAAAAGUGGUGGACGAUUGUCAUUUGGCGGUAAUUCAGAAGUACAUGCAUCAAUACUUAAGGAAUACAACGAAAAUGAGCAGAAGAAAACGCCAGCUAAAUUCAAGUUAUUUUCGUCUAGAAGUAGUGCUAAAGAUGAGAACACACCACCAAAAAGACGAUCAAUCAGCAAUAUUUUUCGAAAGAAAUAAAGUGUAGUCUUUAAAAUUUUUAACCAUAUUUUAAACUGUUAUAUGACUUUUUAAUAUACAGUUUUUAUUUUGUUUGUACUUAAAU